GCGAGGUGACCUUGGCCUAGUUGCAACCUUAAUUGCAUUUGCCGUCAGCACAUGGUCGAGGAGGUUGGUUGUUUGAAACAAACGGGCAUUGUGGUCGCCAUGCCCAGCCAGGUUGCAACCAGCACCGGAAAUCCAGUAUCACCGCUCCAGCAACAACAGCAACACCAACAGCAACAGCAGCAACAUCCACAGCAGCAGCAGCAACAGCAACAGCAGCAGCAAUCACAACAACAUAAGCAACAACAGCAGCAACUUCUCCAACAAAAGCAGCAACAGCAGCAGCAACAGCAACAUCAGCAGCAGCAACUCCAUCAUCAACAGCAACAACAACAACAUCACCAGAAACAACACCAACAACUCACCAGCAACAUGAGCAUGCUGACCGUGAAGGGGGGUCGCUACUUGUGGACCGAUCGGGAGCUAUUGAUGCACUUGCAGAACUACACUCCCCUGAUACUGUUGAUCGAUUUUGUGGAGAAGACUCGCACCAAGCGCUUCUACGAGAGCUCCGAGCGAUACGAGAUCCUCAUGCUGGUCUUCAUCAUGCGGAAGGGGGCGCCGUUUUGCGAGAACAAGCGCUUCCCGGCCGAGUACUGGGUGAAUCUAUCCGUCGGACCGAUUGCCGAGGCAUUUGAUCGGCUGCAGGCCGCCAUCGAUAUACCCGAUCCGCAGCUGCCGAUCCACAUGAGCGUCACCGAUCUGACCAGCUGGAAGCAGAUGUUCGACCUGGCCAUGCUGGACAUCCGCCGGUUCGCCUACUACACCGAUCCGUUGCAGCUGGCCGAUGCCGGGGUCUUUAAUCGUAUCACGUUCGAGCAGCGUUUCGGAAUGCAGUGGCAGGAAUGAGGGUCACUGAGCCAUGGGAUUGAUACAGGAUACCAACUAUAGGUUACUCGAGCACGGCCCAGAGCCAACCAAAAAGUAUUAAGCACAAAAAAACACACACACGUCCCAGAACUGUAGGGUAGGUCGGUAAUUCAAGGAUAUCUUUAAUUUAAGUUUAUUUUUUG